AUGCAGAGCGGCAACAUACUACAGAUCCCCUUCCGCCGCACGGGAGCACUGACAUUGUCUGCCGCGAUACGCAACUACAUCUCCAACAAAUACGACCAGCAUCCAGACACUUUCUCCCGCGAUCUCGAACUUAUAGACCAACUUCGCAAAGAUGCCGUCAACGCUCUCGAGCCUCACAGCAGUGCGAUCAAGAAGAUCCAGCAGUACGCUGCCCAGCUGGUGUGGAUGGGCGGGAAGUUCCCAGUGGACAUAGGCGCAGACUUCACGUGGUAUCCGUCGCUGGGCUACCACACGAACCAUGCCCAUACCGAAAACAACAUCCGCUUCGAGCUGGCGAACGUCCUCUUCAAUCUGGCGGCCAUGUACUCCCAGCUGGCUCUAGCCUCGAACAGAUCUACUGGCGAUGGACUCAAGAGCGCAGCGAAUAACUUUUGCUUCGCGGCUGGAGUGUUCCAUCAUCUCAAGGACAAUGUCAUACCUGAUCUGAGGAGCAGUCCUCCCGAGGACAUGGACUCUGCGACACUGGAGGCACUAGGACACUUGAUGCUCGCUCAGGCGCAGGAGUGCUUUUGGCAGAAAGCAGUGAAGGAUGGCAUGAAAGAUGCGACGAUCGCGAAGUUGGCUGCGAAAGUCAGCGAUCUCUAUGACGAUGCGAACGAGUGGAGCAUGAAGAGCGACAGUAUACGGAGCGAGUGGAUACACCAUAUGAACGCGAAGCAUCACCACUUUGCUGCAGCUGCACAAUUUCGCGCUUCAUGCGACGCGCUGGAAAAGAGGAAAUAUGGUGAAGAGCUGGCGCGGUUGAGAGACAGUCUGAACUGUGUGAAUCUGGCUUUGAAAGAGUCGACAUAUGUCAACCAGGCUGUCAAGGGAGAUCUCAAUGGCUUGAAGAACAAAGUCGCUGAGGAUCUGAAGAAGGCGGAGAAAGACAACGACACGAUAUAUCUGCAGCUGGAACCAUCGAAGGCGGAGCUACAACCACUGGAUCGCGCGAGUAUGGUGGUAGCGAGAGUCCCGCCGGAGGUCGAGAAGAGCCAGGAAAUGUUGGGAGAUCACGCACCGCUGGGGAAGCCACUUUUUGCGAAACUUGUGCCGUAUAGCGUACAUGUCGCUGCAUCGAUCUAUGCCGACAGGAGAGAUCGUCUGGUCAACAACACCGUCAUCGCCGAGCUUGAGUCCAUGACACAGCGGAUACACGAGUUGCUCUCGAGCCUCAAUCUUCCCGGGUCGUUGCAAGCAUUGGAGAAGCCACUGGGACUACCGCCUGGACUUGCGAGUCAUGCUGAGGAAGUGCGUCAAUCUAAUGGUGUGCAUCGGCUUCACGCAACUAUCGCGGACACCGAAAAGCUGAAGGCAAACAAUCGAGUGCUUUACCAGGAAGGUAUUGAUCUUCUACGCACCGAAGCUGGCGAAGAUGAAGCCUCGAGGAGGAAGUACGGCACGGAGCGAUGGACCCGACCAGCUGGGAGAGAUGUGGUACCGAAGCUGUACCAGCAAGUCAACGACAUCGAGGGCUACCUGAAGCAAGCAGACGCAAGCGAUCAGAUGGUCCAGACAAAGCUCCGCGAGAACGAGAGUCUCAUUAGACUGCUUGGUGGUUCAGAUCGGGACCUAGAAGACUACGUGCCCAGCAGCAGACGAGCGACCAUGACCGCCAAGGUUGAACGAGAAGCCAAUGCGCUACGUGCCAGUCUAAACGAAGUCAACCGCCUGGAAAGCAGACGACGGAAGAAGGUGGAGGCAUUGCGGACGAAGGCCAAGGAGGACGAUGUCAAUCCCGAUCUACUGAAAGAAGCCGCACGCCUCGAACGAGAAUUCCCGAUGCAACCUGUGCAAGCGUCACAGUUCGAGACGCUAUUUGACAGACGGCUGACAAAGUACGAUCCUGAUCAGAACGACUUGAAGAAGGAAGAGAAGGAACAGCAGACCCUGCUCGACCGCGUCACCCAAGCGAACACAUCAUUUCAAUCUGCGAAGAAGGGCGACACAUCCUCACGCGAGCGCGAAGAAGCCCUUCAAAAUCUCGAGAACGCAUACACGGCAUACAAGGAUAUCCUCAAAAACCUCGAAACAGGCCGAAAAUUCUACAACGACCUCGCCGCCAUCACAACACGAUUCCGCGACGAAUGCCGCAACUUCGUCUACACCCGCCGCACUGAGGCGCAACACUUGGAACAAGAUGUAUCGACCAUGAUGCAGAACCUCGACUUCCAGGAGCGGAAUCAGAAAGUCCUAAUGGAGAGGCGAGAGCAAGAUCGUGCUGCGUCUAGACGAGGGAGUGUCCAGCCUGUGAGUGAGAUCAAUCCUAUACCAGCGCCGAUGCCGCAGAGGGUUAACCAGGCGCCGCCGCCGGUUGCGAAUGUACAGACGCCGGAUGUGACGACGUGGCAGGAGGGUAUGCCGAUUGUGUUUGGUGGAGGCGGAGGCGGAGGCGCACAGCAGCAGAAGGGGAAGGGAAAGGCGGCUGGUGGGACGUGGGAUCCGAGUAUGGGGGUGCAGUUUGGGAGGUAG